AUGGGCAACUCUCUGCUGAGGGAAAACAGGUGGCAACACAACACUCAAGAGAUACCCUGGGACCUGAGAAAUCAAAACCUCAAGCAGAGAACAUCCAGGUGCUGGGACCGCCACAUGGCUGAAGGGUGUUUCUGCCUCCCAUGGAAAAAGAUACACAUUUUUAAAGCCAGGCAAGCUUUCCCAAAGGAAGGUGGAAGAACAUCCUCUGCUAUCCAGCAGGACAACACUGACCAGAACUCUGCAGAGGAGCUGUGCUACACCCUCAUCGAUCACAGGGUCCUUGGCAGGAGGCCAUCAGGGAACUCUGCCGAGCAGUACUAUGAGAACGUUCCCUGCCAGGCCUGGAGGCCCAGAGCGUCGCUGAGAGGAACCGAGACUGAAUAUUCACUUCUCCAUGUGCCUUCCACCGCUAAGCAUCCACCUGCCCCGGAAGGUGAAUAUGAGCUUCUCGGUGUCCAGUAG